AUGAAGAACUCUUCCAUUCUCUUCGUACUAAUUAUUGUUGUUUUUCUCAUUUCUUCUUCAGGAAACAAGAAGAUGGUAGGAGAAGCAAAGAAAUGCGACCAGACGUGGACUUGUGAAGGAGAAGACAAAUGCAGAGAAAAGUGUCUGACUUUGCACAAUGGAGUUGGAGUCUGUGAUUUGUACACUGCUCCUUUGGUUCCUAAGCAAUGUUUUUGCCACUAUGAUUGCUAA